AUGACGGAUGAGUCCAAAAUAAAAACAUCAGAUGAGCUUAAUUUUUAAUUAGUGAGUGGAUAGAUAUUGAAUUUUCCACUAAGAGUUGGCUUAUUCGAUUAAGAUGAUCAAUUAGUAAUUAAUGAUAACUCAAGCUUAGUCCUUCUAAUGACUAAAGAUACUAAUUUAAGUCUUUUUUACAACAGAUUCAUUCCACAAAGAUAAGCUAGCAAGGCUUGCUAUCUCUUCUUCUGGGGAGGAAUAUAAUCAGAAUGCAGAGUUGGAUAUGAGGGAAGACUUUGUUCGAUUUGUUCUAAAGAUGUUAAUGGUUCUAAUUAUGGAAGAGCUAACGGAUCUUAAUGUGUUGAAUGCGAGCCUCUUGAUCUAUAAGUGAUGAAGUUUAUUGGCAUUUUAUUUGGCCUUGGUGCUUAUGUCGGUUACCUUUAAUAUUCUAUUUUGAGUUCUUAGAAGAGAAAUAAGCCAUAGACAGUAUUAAUGAGAAUUUUUACUAAUUACUUUCAAGCUAUAAUGAUAGUCAAAUCCUUUGAUCUAAAUUGGCCCAAACAAGUAGAAGAUUCUCUAACCUAUUUCUCUAUUGUUGGAUCUUAAAGCGAAUCAAUAUUUUCAUUAGACUGUCUCUACAAGUAAUCACUAAACUCAUAAAUACCUACCCAAUACAUAAAAGUGAUAUUCUUUGGGCUAAUGCCCUUUAUUUUCAGUGCAUUAGGCACUAUUAUAUGGAUAUCUAUCUAUAUCUACAAAAAGAUUAAUAAACUACCUUAGAUUAAGUUGUGGAGGGGUAUAUAAGUUACCUCUUAUAUGUUUUCAUACUUAUUCUACCCUAUGAUCACAAAUCAAACGUUCUCACUGUUCAGUUGUUAAAGUUUCGAGAACAAUCAAUCCUUUUUAAAAGCGGACUAUGAUAUUGAAUGCUGGGUGGGCACUCAUAGACAAAUGGUUCUGUGCGUUGGAAUUCCUUUGGUUUUCUUCUGGGUACUAGGCUUUCCUUUAUGGUUUUUUGUAAGGCUGUAUCAAAACAAAAAGAAUUUUAAGGAUCCUGAAGUAGUCAGCAGAUUUGGACUUUUCUUUAUUGGAUUAAAUGACAAUUAGUAUUACUGGGAAAUACUUUUAAUAAACUUCAGAAAAAUCAUUUUCAUUCUGUGUAGUACUUUACUCUCAGAGGUUAAUGCAAGCAUCAAGUUAAUACAUAGUGUUAAGCCCUACAUUGAUCCUAGAUUUAAUGAUAUUGAAAAAUAAUCUGUAUAUGCAGCUACAUUAUCCUUAUAUGGAGGAAUAUUCUUUUUACAGAAUUUCAACAUCAGAGACUACGAAGACGAUCUGAAGACGUUUUUGAAAAAGUAAAAUUCAAUUGACAGUUAUCAAUAAAACGAAGAUUUUUUCUAACAAAUGAUUCAAGUUUAGCGUGGUGAAUAACAAAUAAAAAAGCCUUAAUAGCAAUUAGACAGCCUUGGUAACUCGAUUGCUUAUUAAAAAUCUUAGAAUGAAAUGAAAACUGAUUUAAAGUUAUUGACUGAAUAUGAAAGCUUUAAUAGCCACUAGGAUAGAUAGAACACUCAUAGACUCUAAAGGAAUACAAGAAAUUCAACUAGUAAGACUCUAAAAACAAAUAAUUAAACUAAUAUGGGUGAUAACUCAAUUGAUGAAUACUUUAUUAAUUAGAGUACAAUGCAAUUUAUUAAUGCGAAGACUAAUAGUAGUAAUCGAGGUAAGCUGGGUUCAAUCACCAGAGUCAGGAAGUUAGAAAAGAAACUCUUAUCAAGUCCACUUAAAGAUGUUAGAAAGUUUUCCUUAAGAAAGAAACCUUCUAACAAUGAUUAGAUAAGUUAAGUUAUGGCUUUUGAAAAUUCAAACGAAGAUCUUCCAGCAGGACCACAAUUGUUCAAACCCUAGUCACUGCUAAAUAUUGCUCAAUAAAAAUAGCGAAAAAUAAAGCCUAACCGCUACCCAAGUAGAUUAGAUUCUCAAAAUUCGUAGGGAAGCAAUAAUGAUAUUAAAAUUUAAGACUUAAUAGAUAUAAAAGACAAACGUAAUUAAAAGAAAUUAUAAUAGCAGCAGAAUUUAAAUGCUAUUAACGAUAAAGUAUUUGCUGUUGACGAGAAUUUUGAUUAGAAUUUAAAGUCCUAUGAUAGAUCUAGUUGA